AUGCGGCACGAAAAAGCUGCCUCGAGUAUUCGAUUGCCUUUGAAUGCGCUUGGCAAAAUUAAAAUUCCUAGUGCUGUAUCAGAAGUGAUGUCUGCAGAUGGUGUUACGGAACACAUGACAAAAAUAAAAACGGUGAAGGAUCGCCUCUUGAAAGACUAUGACAGAACGAUCCGCCCGACUAUGGGCGAGUCUAACACCACCGAAGUCAGGGUGGGAUUCAUACCUCGACAGAUCAUUCACUUCGAUGAAGAAGUCAGCAUACUCUCAUUGGACUCAGUCAUAUGGAUGACUUGGACGGAUUCAAGACUUAAAUGGGAAACAUCAGAAUACAGCGGCCUGCUGCAAAUUCCAACCAACUUCAUAUGGCUACCAGACUUGACAGUUCAUAACAGCCACAGCCGCAGUGUGAACCCAGCCCAGGACGUGCUGGCAGUGGUAGAGCCCAGUGGAAAGGUGUAUUGGGUUCCGCCUGUCCUGACGCAAACCACUUGUGCCUCCGACGCUAUCAACUACCCCCAAGACGACACCACUUGCAAGGUUACCUUUGGUUCGUGGGCGCACGAUGGAUGGGAGAUUGACUUCCAGAAUGAUGAUCAUCUUUACAUGGCGGAAUUUGCUAAUAUUAACCCCAGGUGGGAGUUAAUAGAGGAAAAAGCGAGACUACACCGGAACGUGGAAUACUACGAGUGCUGUCCCGAGCCCUACCUGAGUGUAGAGGUGAUCUUGCCUUUGAGGAGGCGCCCUCCGCCCGAAAUCGAAGCCACCCGUGCGCCCUGCAUCCUUACCACUGCCCUAGCCCUCGCAAUUUUCUGGUUGCCACCGGACUCCAACAAGAAACUACCGUUCGGAGGAGCCCUCUUCACUAUCCUCUGCCUCCUCCUCGUCUUUGUGGCCUGGAAUACCAAGCACCCCCUAGCGGUCACUUACGCAG